GGCCGGCCAAUCAGAGCGCCGUACGCGAUCUCGUUGCGAUUUGUAUGAAAUUCUACAGUUAUCUCGCGGUCUUAUACUUGCUUGCACAGUUCUGCACAUUUAAAUACAUAUUUAAUUAAUUUCUUACAAUGGUUUUUGAAGUAGAAGGCAUGUUGGCACCAGUAUUUACUCCUAUGUCAGAAGCUGGAGCUGUAAACCUAUCCGUCAUACCUGCUUAUAUGGAACACUUGAAGAAACAUCGGGUCAACGGUAUCCUUGUGAGUGGAACAACAGGCGAAGGUAUGUCGCUGAACGUGGAAGAAAGAAAGUCUCUCCUUGAAGCCUGGGUGUUUGUCGCUAGGCCAGCUCAAACGAAGGUCAUUGCUCAGGUCGGAGGAGCAGCCUUACCUGAUGUCCUGGAACUGGCUAAACACGCAGAGAAGCUGAACGUCGAUGGUAUAAUGACUCUCCCGGAACUGUAUUACAAGCCCAGAACUACUGACCAGUUGAUAAGCUACCUGCAAAGAGUUUCUGCUGCCGCGCCAACCCUACCCCUGGUGUACUAUGACUUUCCAAUGAUGUCUGGAGUCAAUGUAAAUAUGAAAGAGUUAUUUACCUCAGCCUCUUCCAAACUUCCAAAUUUUAAAGGAGCAAAAGCUGAUUUGAAUGUGGCAGAACAAGUAGCGCACUUGUUGGCUCAAGAUCAGAAAAUUUUCAUUGCGAACCAUCAUAUUGCACCAUCAGUUCUAAUGGGCCAUGACUCUAGUAUUGCCACUGUUGUCAGCCUGUUUCCAGAACUGGUCCAUAACAUCAGGCAAGCGGUGAAAGACGGAGAAGUUGUGAAAGCGAAACUUCUUCAACGACGACUAAACGCUUUAGUAGAUGCUAUAGCUUCGAAAGGUGAUUUUGUACCAUCAAUGAAAACUGCUAUGGAGUUAACGACCGGAAUCAGAAUGGGCCCAACUCGCUCCCCUUUGGUGCCAUUGAAUUGUGUGCAAAGGAAAGAUUUAAUAAACUCUUUGAUUGAAUUAGAUGUACAGCUACAAAUGACAGAUUGA